AUGCAUAGAUCGGCAAGCUGGAGUAGAGCCGACGAGUACUAUGCGUCGGCAGCAAAGGGUCCGUCGGGGCUGCGAAUGUCGGUAUCAUUUUUCCAAGGGAGUGAUAAUCAGCUGCCGGUGUAUGAUCCGCCCGUAGCCGAGUUGGCCAAGAAGGAAAAGGCUCGCGUUAAGUUUGCUGAGAAUGCGGUCCAUAUUAUCCCAUUUGUGCUUCUUCUAUGUGCUUUCAUUCUUUGGUUUUUCUCUAAUCCAGAUGUAGAUUUGAGGAUGAAGGACCCAAUAGCAGCAAAAACUAUUGAAGGACUGACAUUAGAGGGGGAGAUUGAGAACGAUAGCGAUGGCACCCAAACAGGAGCUCUACCCAUUGUUGAUUUGGGAUUAGACGCCGACCCAACAAAGCAAACCAAAUAUAAAAGAUAG